CCUUAUCAUUUCAUUGUUUCAGUUCCAGCAUCUCUUUCAGCAAAGAGAUGACCAGCAAAAUGAUGACUGGAGGCUUAAGCGAAGCUAAAAGUGCAACUCCAGAAAUCCAGGAAUUGGUUGAUGAGAUAAAACCAACAUUUGAAGGAAAGAACAAUAAAAAAUAUGAAGAAUUUAAAGCUGUAAGUUACAAAAGCCAAGUAGUUGCUGGAGUCAUGUAUUAUGUAAAGGUAUGUCUUGGGAAUGAUGAAUAUGCACAUUUGAAAAUAUACAGACCUCUCCCUCACACAGAGAAGCCAAUAGAGCUGGUGGACUUCCAGAUGGGAAAAACCGAAGAUGAUGAAGUGACUUACUUUUAGAGGCAUAGUCUAUAUGUUUGUUUAGUUUCAUGAACAUCCUGUAUCAAUGAGAACAAUUGAAACAAAAUAUGGAUUUUUUUAGAGGAAGGGGAAAGGAAAUAUUCAGAAGUAAAGUGAUAUGAAGUAAAAAGAUAUCAAUUAAAGAUUUUUAAUCAAGUCUGAAA